CCUUUGGAGCUACGCCUGCGCGGGUGGCGGUGCGCGCGCCGUUUGCCCGUGCGCAUUGCGCUCGGCUACGCGCCCUCGCGUGCACGCCCCGCGCCUCGGCGUCCCGUUAUUCCCGGGUCUCCGCCAACAGCCGUGCUGACCCUGCGGUCCGACAUGUCCCAGCUGCCCGCAGUCAGCAGCGUCCGGCAGACGGGGGCGGCGGGCGGCGACCGCGGGCUCCCGCAGGCCGAGGUAGGCGGCGGGCGGCGUGCGCUCCCGGGCCCCGCGCGACCUGAGGAGAUCCGGGGAGGCCCGAUGGCGGCGGCCCGGGAAGGCCCCGCAGCCCCGGGGGCGGCGGCCAGGGGAGGCCGGGUGGCGGAGGCCCGGGGAGGCCCCGCGGCGGCGGCCCGUGGUGGCGCGGCGGCCCGCGAAGGUCCGAUGGCGGCGGCGUCCAGGGAAGCCCGGAUGGCGGAGGUGGCCCGGCUGCUGGGCGAGCCGCUGGAGGAGGAGGCGCCCGAGGGCAGGCCCCGGUCCAGGGCGGGCGGCCUAGCGGCGAUGCCGUACCUGCGCCUCCGCCACCCGCUCAGCGUCUUGGGCAUCAAUUACCAGCAGUUCCUGCGCCACUACCUGGAGAACUAUCCGAUCGCCCCGGGCCGGAUCCAGGAGCUGGAGGAGCGCCGGAGGCGCUUCGUGGAGGCCUGCAGAGCCAGGGAGGCAGCCUUCGACAUAGAGUACCUACGCAACCCUCAGAGGGUGGAUUUUGACAUUUUAACCUUUACCAUAGCCCUGACUGCGUCGGAGGUGAUCAAUCCUCUCAUAGAAGAACUGGGUUGCGAUAAGUUCAUCCACAGAGAGUGAGGAAGGAGUCAGGCGAGGGCGGACACGGCACCAAGACCUCCUCAUCCAAGUCAAUCCCCAUCCUUCACCUUGGUUCUCGAAAGUCAGAAGGAUCUUGAGAAUAAGGCAGUGCAUCGUUGGAAGAGGAAGAACGCCAGAAAAUUGGGGAGGAAAUGUCCAAAACACAGUUAGACUCCUGUAACGUUUCUUGGGUUAUGAUUGAUAGGGACUUCUUGUGUUAGGGAAAAUGCCUGUCCACGUGGCUUCAUUAAUGAGCAAAGGAUGGUUUUGUAAAAUUUUAAGACUUAAAAUUGCCAGUAGUAGAGCCCACGAUGAAGAAAGCUCAGCGUGGAGAGUUAAAACUGGUUUUAGGACGAAGUUUAUGUCAAGAACUUGACUUGUACGGAACACGCCUUCUCUUCAUGUCAGAGUCAACGAGAGUAUACCGUGUAAGACUGGCUUUGUGUUUCUGAGACGUUGAGAAUGGCAAGCAACAUAAAUAUUGUAUAUAGUCUGUGAUAUAUGGUGUUUCCAAACAUACAUACCAAAUUUCUGCGAUUUUGUUUUCCAUAUUCCAAAGGUUUUUCUUUUUUGUUGCUUUUUUUUCAGUAAGUCAUCUUCAUAAGCCCCAAGAAUAUGAAGGACUGACCUCUCUGUCCCUCUCUCCUUGUCCCUGUACCUAACACAGCCUCUGAAGUCAGUCUCCUUCCUAAUUUCAUUACGUAUACACUUUAUUUAUUAUUUAUUUUGUUUCUUGACAAAGUGGACAUACUCUGAUGUACAUAUUGUGAUUUCAUUAAGAAAAUAUAUUGAAGCACCUUCUUGACCAGUGCACAUAUUCCUUGGAGCUAAAUGUCUUUGCAUUCUGUGGUUAUGCUGUAAUGAACCAGAAAUAUUCUGAUGGAUGGUUGGGCUAUUCAUCGCUUCCUCCUGGCAGUGUAAAAGCCUCCUGUGGGAGGUUGUCUCCUGUGCGAAUCACCUGGCUGUGCUUUGGUUCUGAACCCAUUUUUCAUGUUUGCCAUCUCAAGUUGGAAUGCAUCUUACACUUGAUGGUGUUGUAUACCACUUUUUUUUUCUCUAAGUUUCCAUAAAAUUGGCGGUGCGUCUUAUUAGCUCCUUA